GGAGGCAUGAUACCAGAAUACAGUUCUGUGGAUCCUUAGCUCUUACAUAUAUCAAACUUGAACACAAAGUCGUUGGACCUGUACGAUACCUCAGUCAUAUUUCUGGCAUUAUGAGCAACAUGGAAAAGACUUUAUUCCAGCUUAAGUUCACGGCCAAGACUCUCGGCCGUCAGGCGAAGAAAGCCCAGAAAGACGAGAAUACCGAGAAAACCCGAUUAAAGAAAGCUUUACAACAAGGAAACAAUGACGGAGCUCGGAUAUAUGCAUCAAACGCCAUCAGAAAGAAGAGCGAAGCCCUGAAUUUACUCAGAUUAUCCAGUCGGAUAGAUGCUGUUGCAAGCCGAGUAGAAACAGCAGUGACUAUGCGCCAGAUAACGGGGAACAUGGCCGCUGUGGUCAAGGGAAUGGAUAAGGCUAUGGACAGCAUGAAUUUAGAGCGGAUAUCUCUUGUCAUGGACAAAUUCGAGUCUCAAUUUUCCGACCUCGAUGUUCAAACAUCGUAUAUGGAAGAUGCAAUGUCUAGCACAACUGCCGUCUCGACUCCUCAAGACCAAAUCGAUUCAUUACUGCGGCAAACUGCGGAGGAGGCAAACAUCGAACUUCAACACGAUCUUGCGAAGAAAGACCUAUCGGCUGUUGCUGAUCUAAGUAAAGGUGAAAAGGUUGGUGAGGAAGAUGACAAGCUAGCGGAGAGAUUAAGAGCCCUAAGGCCUGCCACAUAAAUGCCAAUACACUUAUCGAAUCUUGUAGUUAUGGUUAAUCCCUGGGACUUGUGUUGUAUCACAACUUUAUUGUAUGAGAUUGUACCACAUUUGGAUAUAUUUUUCAUGGACGAUUAUUAUCAGCAAAUCGAGUGCGAACAUAUUGUCUCUGAAUCAUGCACAACCACCUCGUACUUUCUCAUGAACCAAUCAUGAAUAGAAACACAACUCGUGAAGUAAUGCGUAGAAAACAUUGUGACUAUUAAAAGGAAGGAGAUGUUGCUAGUCGUCACAUGAAGAGGUUGAAUUAUAACCAAGAAAAAGUGGGAAGAAUAUCUUGAAAUGAAGAAGAUUACAGUGAGAGAGACGAAGUUGGUACUACUACUACUACUAUGUUGAAAUGCAAGCAUAUGAAAGAUGGAGAUAUAUAUCAUAAGAAAUUACUCAUCUAGCAUACAACGCUUCCCCAUACGUCUGCAUAUACCUAGAUCAUGAGUUUUGCUGAACGAAUCGCGUAAACGAGCUUAGAAGCUCGCGCUUUUCUUGCUCUUUGAGACCUGGAGCGGCGUUGAGGAGUUUUUCAACGCGCGCAAGCAGCCCUGUUGGGCCCUCAAACGGGAUUGCAUGUGCGUCAAAGUGGUGAACAAUUUUUUGAAUGAUGCGUAAGCCGUUUCUGAUAACACGUUCCUGAAUAUUUCUGAUACGUCAGAGCCAGCUUUGGGUCGUCCCUGCCCUUGUCUCCUGGAAGCUCUGGCUCUCCCUCUGGUGUUCACGAAAGAUGGCAUGAUAGCAUCUUCUCGCAUUUUGGUAGGUGCCCAUGCCAGGCCAAGUCCCAGAUCUAAUGAUCGUCCUUUGCCCCUCCUGUGGCGACUAUUGCUACUAUCCCCACUGCUGUUUUCCUGUCUCCCAAAUUCGUUUAACGUUGGAGAUGGCGCGGCAGGUUCAAAGGCGAACGAGCCAUGUGUAAGUCCUACCGAAAUGCGCUGAGCACGCUUUCCUGCUGUCCGACCCAGGCUUGAAGUUAAACCCGAACCUGAGGGCUUAGAUGCUGAGGACACAUUCGAUUUAGACUGCGUCGUAGAGAAUGAUUGAGCGUGUGAAGAAGCGACAGAGGCGCCUGUGUGGUUUGGAGUCAGCGGGGGUGGCAUGGGAGCAUCGGGCAAAGUUGAUUGAUACGAUCUGGGUGAUGUCGAUGGCGGUGUUGUUUGUCGUCCAUCGCCGUUCUUUCGAGAUUUUCGGGAAUUUGAAGAUGUAGUUCGUUCGAGGACUGUCCCUCGCGAACCAUUUCUAUUUGGAUACAAGCCAAGCUGUAAAAUUGAGCCGUUCCUACUCAAUCCACUCCCACCAGAUAUAGGGCGUUCAAAAUCAAAACUCCCGUGUUUGAUUCUUCUACUCAUAUUCUUGGGUGGCCCAACAACAACCGAUCCUUCACGGUUAGAGCGCCCGUCAACAGGAGAACUGACUCU